AUGUCCCUCGACGCGGUAGACUUGAAUGCACCGUGGACCAAGAACUACUCCCUUCUCACACUUGUGUUGGGACUCGGAGCGGUUCUUUUCCUGUUCGCUCGCUUUCAGAAGCAAUAUUUGAACUUGCCCAGGUUUGAGGUGACAUCGGAUGUGCUGAAGACGAUCGAGGAAGCGCAUGCUCAGUAUCCCGAGGACCCAUUCAUCCUCUCCAUGGUGGGCAUGGAGCUCGUCAUCCUACCUCGGUCCGGCAUAGACGUAAUCAAAGCUCUACCAGAGAACCAUGUCUCCAUAAAGAAACACCACCACGACGUCUUUCUCGGCGAAUACACAUACAUGGGCACAAAGUCUCCCGAAUUCGACGAAGCAAUGCGCUAUGACCUAACCCGAAACACACCAACCGUGCUCUCCUCGUUCGUCUCAGAAGUGCAAUAUGCCGUGGAAGACAGCUUCGGACGACCGCAGGACUGGACGGCAUUCCAGCCCCGCGCCUGCAUGUCGAAGAUCGCAUCGCUAAUGUCUGGGCGCGCCUUUGUCGGACUACCACUCAGUCGCAACGAGACAUGGGUCCAGGCCACCGUAACAUACACGCAGGAUGUCACUCGCGCGUGGCUCGUCUUGCGGACGAUUCCUUGGAUAGCAAGGCCGUUCAUUGCGCCGUUUCUCCCGCAAGUCAAAUCGUUGAAGAAUCAGCGUCGGAUGACUGAGGAGCGCCUGAAACCGUUGCUGGAUCUGCCUGAUGAGCAAGUGAAUGGUGAUGCUCCUGGCGGGGAUAUGUUGCGCUGGUUCCGGAAGAGAUAUUCAACGGCUCCCACGACGAGACAACUGGCAAGAGAUCAGCUGCUAGCCACCUUUGCUUCGAUAUAUAAUUUGUCCAAUGCGCUGUCUUAUUUGCUGUUCGAUCUAGCCACAUACCCAGAGCACAUUGAGCCGCUGCGAGAGGAGCUGCAGGAAGUACUGAAGGGCGAGCCAAUCAAUAAGGAGAAUAUUCAGAAGCUGAAAAAGCUAGACAGCUUUAUCCGCGAGUCACAACGACUGAGCCCGCCUUCCCUUGCAAACAUGCCUCGGAUCGUCACUAAUCCGCGCGGCCUCAAGCUUCCCAGCGGUCACACAAUCCCCCAGGGCAUGCGUGUUAUGGUCCGAGCACAUACGCUGAACCUAGACCAUACGCUGUGGCCCAGCCCGACUGUUUUCGACGGGUUUCGCUUCUCGAAGCUCCGUGAACUUCCGGGGAAUGCCUUCAAGUACCAGCAUGCAACCACGGGCACGGACAAUAUCAACUUCGGACACGGACUGUGGGCUUGUCCGGGGCGACACUUUGCGAGUAGUCAGAUGAAAGUCGUUUUAUCGCACUUGUUGCUGAACUAUGAUAUCAAGUUACCGGAGGGGGUGAACAAGCCUAAACAGCAGCAUUUUGGGUUGGCUAUUGUGCCGGAUACAGAGAAGAUGGUCUUACUGAGGCUGAGGGAGUAG